AAAAAUUUAAGUAACUUUGAUAUUUAAUAUUAAGUGUUAAUAACUAGUUGGAAUUAAAUAAAUAAAAAAUGCCACGAGGUAAAUAUACGAAUCAUAAAGGGCGUAAUCGUCGCUUUACAAAUCCUGAAGAAUUAGAAGAACAACGUCGUAAAGAUGAACAGGAGCGGCGAUGGAGACAACAACGUGGUGAUGAAUCUUCCGAAAGUGAAGAGGAAGAAGAUGAAGCUGAUAAGAAAAAAGCUAGUGGUAGUAAAACUCGAGGAGAUGAUGAUUCCGGUAGUGGUAGCGAAGAUAGUAGUGAAUCGGAAAAUAGUGACGAGGAGAAAGCUAAAGGUGUUAGUAAUUUAAUUAAAAUUGAAAAUCCAAAUCGUGUUCAAAAAAAAGUUAAAAAAUUAUCAACCCUAAAUGAAGAUUUAGUGUCACAAAAACCACAAUUAUCACGAAGAGAACGUGAAGAAAUAGAAAAACAAAGAGCGCAAGCUCAUUAUCAAAAGUUACAUGCAGAAGGUAAAACUGAACAAGCUCGUGCUGAUCUAGCACGACUUGCAAUCAUUAAACAACAAAGAGAAGAAGCAGCUAAAAAACGAGAUCUAGAGAAAAAACAAAAAGAAGAAGCAUUGAAAGCGAAAACUGCCCAAACACAAAAAGCGCUUGGAAAGAAAACGUAAAAUGAUAAAUAUGAAUGUAACAGAAUUUCGGAAUCUUUGUGAAACUGGGAUAAAUGCAAAUACAUUUAUAAUUAAAUA